GAUGCGGCCCUUCAGUUGCAUAUCCUUCGCGAGAGUGCUCUUUGACUUUCUUCAUCAUUAAUUAUUGUUACGUGUUUAAUCAUGCUAUACUGGAAGUAUCCCCCCCGGGUCUCUAUCCUGACUAUCACGGCGCUGGCAGCGUUCUCUUCUCUGUUUGCCUUUUACUACGCGUUAUCUCGCGUCACGCCUACUUCCCUAGAACACCACUCGAUACCGGAAUCGCCCUUGUCGCGCGAUGGCCCCAAAAUCGCGAAAGUUUCAGUCGCGGCCAAUAGGCUAGACAACAGCAUGAUCCACAGGGCAUUACAAUCACACCAGGUUCAGAACGAAAUGCAUGGUUAUCAUCACUACAUUGCAACCAACCAAGCAGUCGGCGACCUCAUUGAGAAUGAGGCUGACAGACGACCGCAAGGUGCCUGGACAAAACCAGCGUAUCUUUUGUCAUUAAUCGUCGCGGAACUGGAAAAACCCGAGGAUGAGAGGCUCGAAUGGAUAUUCUGGUUUGACGCCGACACAGUUGUUGUCAACCCUUCAACUCCUUUAGAAGUGUUUCUGCCUCCAAAGUCAGACGAGGACUUGGCCAGUGUUCAUCUCCUGAUCGCAGCAAACUGGGAUGGACUCAAUUCUGGAGCUUUCGCACUCCGCGUCCAUCCAUGGUCAGUCUCGCUCUUGUCAGCUGUCCUCGCUUAUCCUAUAUACAUGUCUGGGAGGAUCGGGAAGGAUCGCUUUCGCGACCAGAGUGCAUUUCAGUACCUGCUUCAAGACGAUAAGUCCCCAUUGGCCAACUCAUACACCAAGGGUAAAGAACAUUGGGCCACUGUCCCGAUGCGAUGGUUCAAUGCCCUUCCAGUCAACAACGCGUUCUCCAAGAACGGCCAGGGCUGGCUUUUCGGCAAGAAAAUGGAGGGAGCUCUUUUCGACAACGGCACAACGGAGAUAUACGACGAUGGUAACGGCGGGAAAAUCCAACCUUGGAAAAUCAUGCAGGGUGAUAUGAUUGUUCACUUCGCCGGGACGACGGCCGGUGGCACGCGUGACAGUUGGAUGGGGCCUUGGCUUGAUAGGGUGGAAGCCUUGCUGCCAGAGUGGAACAACGUCACAACACAACAUCGGUUGAGGGACGAGACAGACAAGUUCUGGUCUGAAACAUCUGCUCGUAUAUCGUCUGAGAAGGCGAUUGCAGAUGCGAAGAUGAAGCUGGAUGCCGAGAAGAAAGCAGCAGCGGACAAGGCCGCUGAGGCCAAAAAAGCAGAGGAGGAAAGGAAGAAGGCGGAAGAAGAGAAGAAGAAGGCAGAUGAAGAGAAGCAGUCUAUGGAUUGAUGAAUGGUUACGAGUAAUGUUCUGGUGCUGCACAAAAAAAUACCCAUCCUAUAGGAGGAGCAUGGGAACACCAGUAGACGAGAAGAAGGCUUUCAUAGUAACAUUUGUAUAAUCAUGAGUAUUACAUUGCAGCAAUGUAUUGGAGGAGGUCCAGAGUACUUUCACAG